CCAUUCUCCCAUCGCGCGCUCUCUCCUCCUCCUCCCAAAAAAGAUUAGGGCUCAUCACCCGACCAGUACAGUCAUCCUCACACAAAUACCAGUUCAUCAUUUCGGUCUCUCUAGAACUGUAGUAGUAAAUCCUUGUGUUCGAUCGAGCACUGCGUCUGUUGCCACUGCUGGGACUCAGAUUGCUUUUCUCCUCAACUUUUGCAUUCGAUCGGUGUAAAGGUCUUCCCUUCCCGUUCGCCAUCAUUUCCUCUUCUUCCUCGGCGAUAAACAAAUUUUGUUUAGCGCCACCUCCACCUGACCUGACCUGACCCCAGCAAAAGCAAAGCCAAGCGCCUUGCCAUUAAAAGGCUUCCUUUUUUUGGCUCCAAAUCUGCGUCCGGUUUGGUUCCUUCCUUCCACCAAUCUCUCCGGCGGCUCUCCUAUUCCAUUCCACCAUCGAAAUCCAAUCCUUGACCUUCACCUUGACCUCGGGCGACCUCCCUCCAAUUCCCCAAGAACAAGCAUAAGCAGACAAGCUUGGCCGCUCCGAUGGGGAUGCUCGCCGACAGGCUCAGGGCCUUCUCCACCAACCGAUGGCUCGUCUUCGUCGCCGCAAUGUGGCUGCAGUCCAUGGCCGGCAUCGGCUACCUCUUCGGCGCCAUCUCGCCAAUCCUCAAGGCCGCGCUCGGCUACAACCAGCGCCACGUGGCGGCGCUCGGCAUCGCCAAGGACCUCGGCGACUGCGUCGGCUUCCUCGCCGGCUCGCUCUCCGCCAUGCUGCCCGCCUGGGCCAUGCUGCUCAUCGGCGCCCUGCAGAACUUCCUCGGAUACGGAUGGCUCUGGCUCAUAGUCACCAAGCAGGCGCCGCCGCUGCCCCUCUCCAUGAUGUGUGUCCUUAUUUUUGUUGGAACCAACGGCGAGACAUAUUUCAACACAACUUCACUGGUUACAUGCAUCCAGAAUUUCCCAAAGAGCAGGGGCCCAACUGUGGGCAUUCUGAAAGGAUUUGCUGGCCUUAGCAGUGCAAUUCUGACUCAACUGUUUGCAGUAAUGCACACACCAGACCAUGCAACUCUUAUCUUCAUGGUCGCAGUUGGGCCAUCACUUGUUGCCAUUGGCCUCAUGUUUGUUAUAAGGCCUGUCGGGGGUCACCGACAGGUGCGGUCAUCUGACAAGAACAGCUUCAUGUUCAUCUACACCAUUUGCUUGCUCCUUGCCUCAUAUCUCGUUGGUGUCAUGCUAGUCCAAGAUUUCCUGGAAGUGAGUGAUAAUGUGGCCAUUUCUCUCACAGUGUUUCUUUUCAUCUUGCUUAUUUCACCGAUCGCGAUCCCCGUGGUCCUGACAUUUAGCUUGAAAACUGAAUAUCCAAGUCCAUAUGAAGAGGCUCUGCUGUCUGAAGCAUUAAAAGGAGAGGCAGGUACUUCACAUGAAAGGGAGGAUCAACCAGAGUUGAUUCUAAGUGAGAUGGAAGACGAGAAGCCUAAAGACAUAGACUCUUUAUCCCCAUCUGAAAGGAGAAGGAGAAUUGCAGACUUGCAGACCAAGUUAGUUCAAGCUGCAGCAAGAGGUGGGGUUAGAGUCAGGAAGGGACCACGUAGGGGGGAGAACUUCACCCUGAUGCAGGCAUUGGUCAAGGCUGAUUUUUGGCUUAUUUGGUUAUCGCUUCUGCUCGGGUCUGGAUCAGGGCUGACGGUGAUUGAUAAUUUGGGUCAGAUGAGCCAAGCUGCUGGUUUCAAAGACGGGCAUAACUUCGUGUCAUUGACGAGCAUAUGGAACUUCCUUGGUCGUGUUGGAGGUGGCUAUUUCUCUGAGAAUAUUGUCAGGGAACAUAAAUACCCAAGGCACAUAGCAUUGGCCUUAGCUCAGAUACUCAUGGCUGCUGGGCAUUUCCUCUUUGCAAUGGCUUGGCCUGGAACUAUGUACAUGGGAACCUUCCUGGUUGGGCUUGGAUAUGGCACUCACUGGGCUAUUGUGCCGGCUGCUGUUUCUGAACUUUUCGGCGUAAAACACUUUGGCGCAAUGUAUAAUUUCCUCACAGUAGCAAACCCCACAGGGUCGCUGAUCUUCUCAGGUCUCAUUGCCAGUAGCUUCUAUGACUAUGAAGCUGAGAAGCAAGCACAGCGCCAUCAGAGCUCAGCGUCGUCGUCUCCACAGUUUCUUCAGGGCAUGGGUUUACUUGCAGAUGGGCCACUGAAGUGUGAAGGGGCUGUUUGCUUCUUUGUCAGCUCGUUGAUCAUGUCGGCGUUUUGCGUCGUGGGUGCUGGCUUGAGCCUUGUCAUUGUUCACAGGACCAAGCGAGUCUACUCUCACCUCUAUCGAUCUGUCCGGUGAUGAACUUUUUUCCAUGGAUAGAUCAUCCCCGUUGUACCAUGUACCAUACAUACAUUAUUGAACAUAUGAUUCAUGAACCAAGACACAAGAAGUUAAAGUUUAUUUGUUUGCAUAGUUUCAGACCAUUUUAUAGUUAAUAUUGUAAGCAACCCGUUCCCAGAUGUAAAUUGCAGGUCUUUUUUGUCCGAGGAUGCGACUGUGUAUUUAUCUGUCAAAUGCUACUUUACUUUGGCUGUAAUGAACCCUCUCUCAUGAUAACACCUUGUAUGGUUUCUGCCAAUGCUGGAAACAUGAAACUUGCGAAACUGUCCGGCUAUUUUUAUUAUACUUUCUUGCCGUGUAUGAAACUUGUGACUAGUAAAUGUUCUCAUGCUUUUCAUGUAUAUAUAGUACUAUGGAAUAAUAACCUCAAGUGACCAGGGUCAGGAAUUCAAACUCCAAAAAUGACUGUGGGGUGGAGCAUCUCCACAUUUUGUCGCUGGAGUUUUCAUGCUAUUUAUGUACCAGGUAUGCACCACCUUGACUGUGAUCUUAGUUCCAUCCUGAAACUGAACACAUCAACUGCCUAACUUGCAGCUACUUGCAGAUCUAGGCACCUAUGUAUGUAUCUGGGCUGCCCAUCAUAUGGACGCUGCUACUUUGGUCUGGCAGCAAAACUCCUAGAGACUUUGUUGUUUAGGCUUGUGAACAUGACACAUUAUUAUCCAAGUGAUCUUCCUUUGGUGACUGGCAACAUGUAUGUUAGCUGAUCCUGUCACCUGAAGAUUCAGCUCCUAGGUGCUACUGCCAAACAACUAUCAGUUCUUGAACAAAGUGACAGAAACACAAUCUGCUCGGCUCAGUUCUCACACAAGUCAGCUGCCACAUUUUCCUUGUGAAGACACUUUUCUACAGUAGUUCAAUCUGUAAUCAAUGUUAACCUACUAGACACUUGAAAUCUGAACAGCUGGGAUCUCCAGACUUAUCAACAAGAGCACAGAGUGGCAUGGUUCAAGAUCACACAAGAGGCAUUCUGAACUGGAUGCAACUCAGAGCUGAAUGCAGACUCAUUCUUCUUGUGUACUUUUUCUUUGCAUGCUCAAAUGAGGCAAAUUUGAACCUAGGGCUGUGCCAUGAUGUAUUAUUACCAGCAACAUCCUUGGAUUUUUUGUUGCAAUAGCAGAAUAUAAGUAAGUAGCAGGUGUGUCAGCCCUGCUAGAUAUUUUGCUAGUUCUUGUGCUGCUAUUGUCAUAUGCCUACUUUUAUUAUUUCCUCUGAGAUACCAGUACAAAUUGCUGGUGAGGUGA